AUGCUGAAGUCCACGGCGUACGAGCGGAUGCGCGGGGAGCACCCAGCGGAGUUCGCGCCGGCGAGCGUCUCCUUCACGCACGACGCGCGCAGCGCGAUCGACCGGCGCAACAGCUUCCGGGUGAAGGCCGCGCUCGUCUACCAGGCCAUCACGGGCCACCACGCCAACGACGACAUGCUGCGCGCCAACCAGCUGCUCCUGGCCCUCACCAAGGCCUGCCAUUCCAGCAUCCAUGCAUCGAAACAAGAAAAUGCCGGUAAUGUCCGUACGGAGACUGUGAUCAAGCAGGAGACCGAGGUAGAUGCGCAAAAUGCCAAUCCAGCAGACACUAAUGGGAGCACCCCAAAGGAGGAGAAAGCGGAGCUCAUCGACGAAGGCUGGGACGAGGAGCACAAGCGAGUGGUCGACAGCAUCUUCCUCGUCGUUGGCUUCCUUCCGAGGCUCAUGGACGCGAUCAACAGGAGCGUCGACAUCGAGGGCGUCGACGAGAGCUUCAAGUCGGGGCUCAUGCACGAGAUCGUCACCGACGUGAUCAAGCUCGAGAACCAGCUUCCCCUGAAGGGCCUGAUCGACGUGACCGGCGUCGUGGAGCGCGUGAUAAACGAUACCAUCGGCCGCAAGGAGUUCAAGAACGUCAAGGACUCCAUCAGCGGCGAGUACAAGCUGGCAUUCUCCCAAGGUACCUUCGGCAACGUGAUCCACAGCUUCUGCUGGUACUACUCGCCGUUCUUCUCGAAGAAGGCGCCGGCGCCGCCGGAAGGCAUGUUCAAGAGCGUGGCUACCGAUGCCACUAUGGCGACGCGCACGCUGCUGGACUGCCUGCACCAGAGUGUGGCGCCGGCGCCAGGGCAGGGGACGCGCGCCACAGGCAGGCCGUCCCGCAUGCCGGCAGCGAGGGAACUCCGGCGGUCGGGGGUCCGGUUCCAGGACUCCGAGAGGGGCCGAGCUGAGGUCGAGUUCAGGGAGCAGUGGAAGACGGUGCUGCUACCGGCGCUGGUGUACGACUUCAAGCUGGCCACGGUGGCCCGGAACCUCCUGGCGCGAGAGUACGAGGAGCAGAGCAAGCCCGUGACGCGCUACUUCCAGAUGAUGAACGAGCUCGUCGAGGACGCCACCGACGUCCGGGUCCUCUGCCGCGCCGGCGUCGUCCGCAGGGGGUCCAGUGGCGCGCAGGAGGUGCACGAGCUGAUCAAGAACAUCGACGGGCACGCCACGUACCCGUCGGUGUACAUGGCAAUGGACCGGGAGAUCGAAAAGGUGAAGCAGUAUCACGAUAAGAGGAUGAAGAACUUCUUCGUCCGCAACCGCCCUGGUGUGAUCUGGGCCUCGUCGGUGGCCGCCGUCUCGGUGGUGGCCAUAGUGGCCGCGAGGAAGAAGCGGGGGUGAAGGACUGAAGGAGGGAAGCACGACUCGAUCAGUAGCUAA